CUGCCCGCGCCCGGCCGGAGCGAGCCGCCGGCUCCGCGCCCCAGAGCCCCGGGACGGGGCUUCCCCGUCCGCCCCCCGCUCUGCUUUCCGGGAAGAGCGCGCCUCGAACGUCUGGGUCGGGCCGGGAGCGCGCAAGUGCGUGACUCCCCCGCCGGGGGGUGGCUCCGGGCGAGUUGUGUAACCCUCACCCUCACCGCCGCCGUCACCCCCGGGGCUCCGGCCAAGUGGGAGCUCGAGUGCACCCAGCACGCGGGUGGCCCAUGCCUGGGGGCUACGGAGUGAUGGGGGACGAUGGGGCCAUGGACUACAGCGUCCACGAGGCCUGGAAUGAAGCCACCAACGUGUACCUGGUGGUGAUCCUCGUCAGCUUCGGGCUCUUCAUGUAUGCCAAGAGGAAUAAAAGGAAAAUUAUGAGGAUAUUCAGUUUGCCACCUCCAGCAGAAACUCUGUCAGAGCCCAACUUCUAUGACACAAUAAGCAAGAUUCGUUUAAGACAGCAACUAGAAAUGUACUCCAUUUCCAGGAAGUAUGACUAUCAGCAGCCACAGAACCAAGCUGACAGUGUGCAGCUCUCGCUGGAAUAAAAUCUCAGAAAAUCAGCGGCAUAAAUGCUUGUUGUUCAAGAGUGCAGUCUCCUCCUGCUACUAAAUCAUGACCAGCGUUUUUGGGUCUUUUUAAAGUUCUGUCUCCAUAAAAUCAUUUUGUUCGUGACUUUCCCCCCAGUUUUCUGGUGUGUUUGGUUUCGCUUUUUAAAAUUUCAUCUCCAGAUCAUUUGUUCCACAAAUUGAAAAUGCCUCCAAAGGCCUGAACACAAGAGGGUUUGGGAAGGUAUGCAGCUACCAGAGGUGGCAGUCUUACCUUGUGAAGACCUUCACUCCUUCAGGAUGCGGUCGGGAGCAAAAGCGCAAGAGUCUGGAGCCUAGGCCACUUUUGGACUUUUUCGCAAAAUUAAAAAAUAAAAAUCAAAUCAUUGAAAGAAUUUCCUCUUCGAUUGUGUCGUGGGAUAAAUGUCGUAAUGGAUAAGGGACUAACUAACCUGUGUUCUUGUGGCUGUUGUUACCUCCGAUUGAAUUAGCCAUCUUUGUUUCUUCAGGAGUCACACAGGAAACUGUCUUUUCUGCACGGGGAAAUCCUGAUGCACACCCCCUUGCUAGUUGUGGAAGUUUCCUGGGACUGGAGUUCGUUCCCCUUCAUUGUGUUCCCACGAGGUGUGUCCUUCCACCAGAAGAGUCUUCUUCCAGCCAUGCCAGGGCCGUGCUGCUGAAUACUUGGGCACCUCUGACAGGUGCUAGCUACUUGCUUUGGGAUCUUAUGACUGUAAAUGUUUAACUGUCUAGCUUCUUGAGCUUUUUUUUUUUUUUUUUUAACCAUAAUAAGCUUCCCUGUAGACUCAUACCUUGUACCAUUUUUCUGCUGAAGAGUUCAUGCUGAAAACACUGAAAUGUUUUUGCCCAGUUUUUCAUAUUUAUUUAAAGAAAAACUGGUUGGAGGUAAUAGCAGUUACAUUUAACUGUCCGUAUAACUGUUCAAGAAUUUGUUUUCAGGACUUCCCUGGUGGUGCCGUGGCUAAGACUUCAUGUUGCCAAUGCAGGGAGCCUGGGGUUCAAUCCCCCGUCAGGCCACUGGAUCCCACGUGCCACAGCUAAAGCUCUUGAAUGCUGCAGCUAAGACCCAGAGCAGCCAAAUAAAUAUUAAAAAAGAGAAUUUGUUUUUGAAUCAAAUGCAGUUUUAAAAGUUAGAGUUAAUAUUUUAAAUGUUAUUGCCUUUUCCUUUACAAUUAUGAAGUAAAGAAUAUAAAUUUUAUUGGGUUUUUUAAGAUUUUUUUUUUUUUGAGAUGGAUCAUUUUAAAAGCCUUCAUUGGAUUUGUUAUAAUACUAUUUCUGUUUUUUGUGUUUUGGCUUUUUGGCCAAGAGACAUGUGAGAUCUUAGCUCCCUAAACAGGGAUCAGACCUGCCCCCCUUGGAUUGGAAGGCAAAGUCUUAACCACUGAACCAACAGGGAAGUCCCAAGAAUAUAAAUUUUAAAUGAAAAAGUUUAGGCCAAAUGAAAUAAUUUCAAGAAAAUUGCACUUACUUUAAAAUUUAUGUCAUUCAAAAAUGUGUAUAUUUUACAUGGUGGAUUGUUGAGCAAAUGGAAUAAUUCUUUCUUAACCCACAGAUGAGUUUGAAUUCCCCACCUGUACCCAGAAUGAAUACGUAGAGUGAAGGAUUGUAAACUGGUAAUUAUAGCCUGGGGCGAGCAGAGCCACGAGGGAGCAGUCUCUUAAACUUUGCUCUUAUGUAAUCGGGUGGGAGUGGUUCAUAUGCUGUCACUGAUGGAGGCACAAACCUGGACAAAUUAUGAAAACUGGCUAUGUCAGCUGAUUCGGACAAACUGUGUACCUAAAUAAAGGAAAAUCACGACACAA